AUUUUUCAGUCAUAUGUUACGAAGCAGCAUGCAAAGAGGAAUAGUAAAAAGAGCCUGCGAAAUGCGGGAGCCACAAGGCGAAACUAGUGGGCUCAGCAUAACGACCGUGUUUUGUUACUGAAGAGCCACCAUCCAUCACCGUCCUACGCCACACCCGGAUCAGCUACGAAAAUCCCCCUCAAAACUAGUUUUACAAACGCUUCCGCGUUGGGCAGGGGCUCCUGUGAUUGUUGUUUGUCGUUUUGUUCUGCGCGCUUCCUGUGUACCUGUGUAAAGCCGGGUGGUUGGAGAUACCGAAAGUGGGAGAGUGAGAGAGACAGAGAGAGAUUGAACAAACGGGUGAGAAAGUGCGAACCGCCGAACCGGAGGAACCGGAAGUAACCCGUUUGAAACCGACGAAACGCCCUUCCACCGAGAGAAUGGUGAUAUCGGCGGAACACGAGCGCAACGGCAUUGCCGACUUCUUCACGCAAGUCGAUCCGGAGGUGCGCAAGGUGACGCUUGCGAUCGGGAACAUCAUCUCGAAGAACUCCAUCAAAGAGAUCACGUUGGAAAAAUCGUUAAACGUAAUGAUGGAACAUUGUCGCGAUGCGGGAACGCUGCUGGCAAAGAAUAUCGUCAAGUCGGAGUACCUCUACAAAUACCUGCAAAGCUACAACAUUAGCGUACCGCCGGACAGCUCGAAAGCCAUACUGAUCGAGCACUGUUUGCAGCUGUGGAGAAGAAAGUACGGCGGUCCCACCGACGCAGGGUACGUGCCAUCGUCCAGCGACAUCCCCGGUCCGUCAUCCUCUGCACCGUACGCAUUUCCAUCCACCUCUGCCGACUCGAGCUGUUCCAGUGGCACCACGCUGCAAAACCACAUCGAUAACUAUAACGCCCUGGCGGCCUCCUCGAACGGAGUGUUUUUCAGCGAAAACACGAAUGGCCCCGGGGACGAUUCGGACACGGAACCGCCCGGGCUCGAGCAGUACCCGGUGAAUCUGCUCGCGCUCGACUACACCGUCUGGUUCUUUCUCAAGUGGAACCGCAACUCGCUGGACGAGAGCGCAUUCUGGCACGAUGCCAACUGUACCGUGAUGCUCGAGAUCAGCGAAACCCAGCAGGGAACGGAGCAGGUGUGCGGUCCGCAGGACAUCAUCAACCUGAUACUGAGCCUCAAGUUCCAGUACAGCUUUCAGCUGGUGCCGAACAUCAUGUUCGAUGGCUGUCAGGGGCGGAUAAUGGAGUCGGGCGUGCUGGCACUGUCGUGCGGCGUCGUGUACAACAACCAGCCGGGUCCCGAGGGCCGGUUCGUGUGUUUGGGCGAGUUCGAAACGCUGAUCGGGCUGAGGCGCGAUCCGAUGGAGAACAACAAUUGGAAAAUACGGAUGCUGAAGCUGUACAUACGGUACAAAAAAGUGGACAAUCUGCCCGCGCUGGCAAAUAGUAAAAUGCUCAACAACUGUCUUAUGAUACCGCUCACGAUGGACAUUGUGUAGAGGUGUGCGUGUGGCGUUCGUGCCGGGGUGAAUGCUCCUCACGUCUCAAAGGUGUGCAAAAUGUGGCUUUCCGGUUUAGUGUCGGAAAAGUGGGAUUUCUAGCCAUACCGUACGAAGGAUGUUCUUCAAUGUGUCCAACAGCGACAGGUGCCUUACAUUAGUUAAGAACGUUGUAGAUAUAGGUCAAAAUUUUAACAAUAAAUGUAUUUUGGAUAAAGCACUUCGCUUUAUUUUAGAUGA